GGCCGCUGCGUCCUCACUUGGAAACUUUCCAAACGCAUGUAGAAAUCCACCGUAACAGGUGUUGGCGGAGACUUCUUAUACAUUUUAGCAGCAACACCCAUUGUGAAACAUGCGUAAAUUCCUACGCCGGCGUAUGUCCCCCCUGAAACUGGUGCUCCUUGGGGGGACUGUCUUCAUGGUGGUCUUAGUGGUUCUCCAGAGGGAUGUUGGGUCCUCGUCUGCUGGUGACCCAUGGUUUCAGGAGCUGGUGGAGAAGAAGGAUAAGGUGUUGGUCAUGGUCCGAGAGGCUGUCAACAACAUUGGCAACCAGAUCAUACCUCCGCAGGCAGCGUCGGUACAGCAGCAGCCCACCGAGGACGCCAAAUGCCUUUCUGGAUUCUACACUCGGGCUGAGCUCAAACCUCACCUGGAGAGACCGCCUCAGGACCCCGAAAGCCUUGGGGCUGAUGGGAAAGCAUUCCAGAAAGACAACAUGUCCCCAGAAGAGGUGAAGGAGAAGGAGGAGGGAAUGACGAGGCACUGUUUCAACCAGUUUGCCAGUGACCGUAUCUCGCUCAGCCGUAGUCUCGGGGAUGACACGAGGCCUUCAGAGUGCGUGGAGAGUAAGUUUCGUCGCUGUCCUCCUCUGCCUACCACCAGUGUUAUUAUUGUCUUCCACAACGAGGCUUGGUCUACCCUCCUCAGGACGGUCUACAGCGUCCUGCACACGUCUCCUGCCAUCCUGCUCAAAGAGAUCAUCUUGGUGGAUGACGCCAGUGUUGCAGAUCACCUGAAGAACCAACUGGAGGUGUUUGUGCCUCAGCUGAAGAUUGUCCGCGUUGUGAGGCAGCUGGAGAGGAAGGGCCUCAUCACUGCCAGGCUGCUGGGUGCCAGCAUCGCUCAAGGCGAAAUCCUAACUUUUCUCGACGCACACUGUGAGUGUUUCCAUGGUUGGUUAGAGCCACUGUUGGCCCGCAUUGUGGAGGAACCUACUGCCGUGGUUAGUCCAGAGAUCACCACCAUUGACCUCGAAACCUUUAAGUUCAACAAGCCUGUGGCCUCCAAUCACGCUUUCAACCGAGGUAACUUUGACUGGAGCCUGAGCUUCGGCUGGGAGACGAUCCCCGAGGCUGCCAGGAAGCUGCGCAAGGAUGAAACCUACCCUGUAAAAACGCCCACGUUUGCCGGAGGUCUUUUCUCAAUCUCAAAGAAGUACUUUGAACACAUUGGGACAUAUGACGACAAGAUGGAGAUCUGGGGCGGGGAAAAUGUGGAGAUGUCGUUCAGGGUGUGGCAGUGUGGGGGUCAGCUUGAGAUCAUCCCUUGUUCUGUGGUUGGACAUGUCUUCCGCACCAAGAGCCCCCACACCUUCCCCAAAGGCACAGAGGUCAUCACUCGCAACCAGGUACGCCUGGCUGAGGUCUGGAUGGACGACUACAAGACGAUUUACUAUCGCCGCAACCAGGCAGCUGCAGUUAUGGCCAGGGAGCAUAAGUUUGGGGACAUAUCUGAUCGCCUGAAUCUGAGAGAGAAGCUGAAUUGCAAGAACUUCACCUGGUACUUGAACACAAUCUACCCAGAGGCCUUCAUUCCUGACUUGCAUCCAGAAAAAUCUGGAGCAAUUAGAAACUCAGGAUCUAAAACCUGCCUGGAUGCUGGAGAGAGUAACAAUGGAGGUAAACCUGUGAUUAUGUACCAGUGUCACAACAUGGGAGGCAACCAGUACUUUGAAUACUCCUCUCAUAAGGAGCUGCGUCAUAAUAUUGGAAAGCAGUUGUGUCUUCAAGCCACGCCCCAGCCAGAGGCAGUGACCAUCGAGCUCUGCCAGCGGAAGGGGAAGGGCACCAGUGUGUUACCCAAAGAGGAGUGGGUCUUUACAGAGGAAAGUCUGGUGAAGAAUCCCAGUAGUGGGAAAUGUUUACGGCUGAAUGAAGGCCAGCUUCAGAUGGACCACUGUAAUGCUGACGACCUCUUCCAGCACUGGACCUUCAGCUGAGCUCCCUGUCGGCCCAUCAGGUGACCUCUGGCACCUUGUGUCCCCUUCCCAAGACACUGCUCUGAGGAUCCAACUCAACUUUGAUCCAGAAGGACUUCCUGCUGUGGAGCUUGGAGCAUUUGGCCAUGCUGAGUGGACAGUUAACGAUGGAGGACAAAGAAAAGACUGUUGAAGACGCUUGGGUUGGCCUUAACUUGUUUUAAAUUUAUUUAUGAUGGAAACUCAGAGAGAUGUUUGAAAUGUGGCUGGGAAUUAUGAGACGCUAGACUGUGGACUUUGCAUGCAGGAGCUUGACUGAGGGGCGAAUGAUUUUACUUCAGUGAAUUCACACUCCAGCUUGGAAAAUAGCCAUUUAGUGUUUUAUUUUUGUUGUUUUAAUGAAUGUUGAAAUGUGAAAUAUUCACUUAACUCAUGAAAUCAAGAGAUGUCUGGUUUUUUUUUAAAUAAAAUAUAUUAUUUGUUGUGUCAGAUAAACGAUCAAUUGUUUAUUUUAAUCACCAUAAGUAUCUAGAAAAAACAGAGGUUUCACAGUUAUACUGUGAAAUAUAUUUAAUUUGAUGCGUAUGUAUGUGUGCACUACAGCUUAUAAUAUUCUAUUAACAUAUUUUAUUUUAUUUGUUUUUACUUUUUUUUAGCAGAGCAAUGGUUGGUAUUGAUUCACCGGGUAAUAUUCUGACAUGAUUAACUUACUGUGGUUACUGAUGCUACAAAUAUUAAAUCAUUUGAACUUA